GAGACACAGAGCGAAUCAAAGACUACAUUUCUAGAAAUCGACAACUAUUCUUGCUGGAGUACACAACAACCCUUAAUAAAAGCCUCAUCGAAAAUAUGAUAAAAACAUCAGCUUCUGAAGAAAAGAAAAUGGUGCAAGAUGAGAAAUACAUCAAGGAGUACAAGGAUAAGGUGGAGGCGUUCUUGAGCAAAAAUGAGAAGAAUAGAGCUGAAGCAUUUAUCAGAGCAGAAGAAGCGACUAAAGCUCGACUUCAGAAAGUUGCCGAAAUAAAGAACAUUUCUAUCGAAAUUAUGAAAAUUAGAAGCUCCAUUGCCAAAGAAGAGGACAAGCUGAUGGAUACUAUCGUUUCUAAGAAUAUUCUUGAAAUGCUAACCCCAAAGGAAAUGAAAGAGAAGAAAAUGAAAGAAAGGUUACAGAAGUCAAUAGGUAAAACGAACAAGGACGGAAUAAAAGUUGACUUGGAGACAAUUGAUACAAUCAAAGGAGGAUCUGAUCCGACCUCAGAGAGAAAACCCCCCACGAUUCAUCACAGCCUGAGCGAUGCAGCUUCAUUGGAGGAAAGACAACAGGAAUUCAAAUUGGGAAACAAAGAAUCUGAAUCUGAAGUGGUGCCAGAGAUCUAUUUUGAGAGUCCCCAGGAGGUGCUUGACAUAUUCUACGAGAUGGAAGAGCAGACAUUGUUGGUUCUUCAAUAUUACCAGGAAUUGGAGGAAGGACUUGACAAAAUAAAAGCCGAAAACACCAAAGCACAGAAAAUACUGAACCAUAAAGCAGAAUGUCUGAAGUUAGAAGUCGAGGCACUCGAAGCUCAACUCGACAAAGAGAAACAGAAAACCGAACACUUUAUACUAAGAGUGAAUAUGUUCACAGGUCCGGGUUCAGCAGAAGAUGAGAUGGUACUCCUGGAUGUUUUGAACAAAGCCAUCAAUAAGUUGUAUCAGCAAUGCUGCGAUUCCAACGUGAACCUCAGCUCAGUACACAAGCUGGCUGGCAUUGAGAGCGAGAUCAACAAGCUGAUGGAUCUGAUUGAGACUGGUGUACCGGAAAAGACAGAAAUUAUUAGGAAGCAGAAGCAGAAGGCGAUACGAGAGAGGCAACGUGGUGAAAUUCUAUCGCAAAUAAAAAAGAAUCGAGACAGAAAAAUGAAAAGGAUGUUCGAGAAGAACACUCGAAUAGCAAGGAAGACACUGAGUAGAAAACUCAUGUACCGUUCAAAACCUCCUGAAAGCCAAGAAAGAGACGAGAUAAACAUCACAGAGCUGGCCCUUUCUGAACACAGCUUUGAGGAUUUUUUUAAUAUAACACACACUCAGUAAAACGGGCUGUUUUGU